AAUGGCGUCCCCUCGGCGCAGGCGCAGAGCGUCCCAAGGCCGGGGCGGCCGCUCCCUGGCUUGGCAGCGCUGCUCCUGUGUCUCUCUCUAAGAUGGCGGAUUUCCUGCCGUCGCGGUCGCCGCUGGCGGUCUGCUUCCCGGGCUGCCUACUGAACAGCAGCGAGGCCGAGCAGCAGCGCAAGUCCAAGGAGAUCGACAAGUGCCUCUACCGCGAGAAGACCUACGUCAAGCGGCUGGUCAAGAUCCUACUGCUGGGCGCCGGCGAGAGCGGCAAGAGCACCUUCCUCAAGCAGAUGCGCAUCAUCCACGGACAGGACUGGGACCGCGCCGCCCGGGAGGAGUUCAGGGCCACCAUCUACAGCAACGUCAUCAAGGGUGUAAGAGUUCUUGUAGAUGCUCGAGAGAAACUUCAUAUUUCUUGGGGAAAUCCUGCUAACCAAACAAAUGGUGACAAGCUGAUGGCCUUUGAUACUCGCUCAGGAGUGGCAGUGCAGGGGAUGGUGGAGACCCAGGUUUUUUUACAGUAUCUUCCAGCAAUAAAAGCUUUGUGGGCAGAUAGUGGUAUCCAGCAUGCCUAUGACAGACGCAGAGAAUUUCAGUUGGGGGAAUCCAUAAAAUAUUUCCUGGACAACUUGGAUAAACUUGGAGAACCAGACUAUCUUCCCUCUCAGCAAGAUAUUCUACUGGCACGAAGACCUACCAAAGGGAUCCAUGAGUACGAUUUUGAGAUUAAAAAUGUUCCCUUCAAGAUGGUUGAUGUGGGUGGCCAAAGGUCAGAGCGAAAACGUUGGUUUGAAUGCUUUGACAGUGUCACUUCAAUACUAUUCCUGGUUUCAUCAAGUGAAUUUGACCAGGUACUUAUGGAGGAUCGACUAACAAAUCGCCUUACAGAAUCUCUGAACAUUUUUGAAACUAUAGUCAACAAUCGGGUUUUCAGCAAUGUCUCUAUCAUUCUCUUCCUAAACAAGACAGACUUACUUGAGGAAAAAGUGCAAAAAGUGAGCAUCAAGGACUACUUCCCAGAUUUUGAAGGUGAUCCUCAUAACUUAACAGAUGUCCAAAAAUUCCUGGUGGAUUGUUUUCGUACCAAACGCCGGGACCAGCAGCAGAAGCCAUUAUACCACCAUUUCACCACUGCUAUUAAUACAGAAAAUAUCCGCCUUGUGUUUCGUGAUGUCAAGGAUACCAUCCUUCAUGACAACCUCAAGCAGCUCAUGCUACAGUAAUGGGCAAAAAGACUUUGGGUUAAUAGUUUACAGCAGGAGUUGGGGGGAAACCGGUCUUGUUAGACCUCAUUGAGUGUGGGUAAAGGCUGCUGCUGUUCAAGUUAUUGCCAAUUUCUCUUGAAAUUAAGGCUUUAAUUUUUUCCACUGUAACUUUCUUUUCAAUCAGUUUUAAUUUCUUAACAGACUUUUAAGAACUAACUCCCAAGUUUUAACCUUUUCCAUCUUUUUCAGAUUGAUAAAAGCUUGUACUCCUGUAACAUCUAUUCAUGUAUAGACAAUGUGGUUGAAAGAAUUUACUUUGGAAAUUCGCUAAUGCGGUUUUGGCAUUUGAAAUUGUUACAGCAGAGACCUGAUAUAACUCUGGACUGCUCCCCAAGCUUGGCCAACCACUACCACUCAUUCUGUGUGGGAAACAGCUCUCGUCUGCCCAAUAGUUAAGGUGUACUUGAAGUUUACAGAUGUGUUUAUGCUUCCAUGCCAAUAGAGGGUGCUUACAAAUGGUACCAGAAAGGAAAACAAUUCUGGCCCACUCCCACUGAAUAUUUUAAUCAAAGUGAAUACUGUACAAAUGAUUGCUGAUAGCUCUUACAGUUAGAGAAAUCUAUGCUUUUAUAGUUUGAUGCUAACAUAGCUUAAAGCACACAACUGCUUUUAGCUUUUAAACGCCUGUCAUUUUCUGUGAAUAAGCCAUUGUUGAAGAAAGCUCCUUUUUUUCUUUUGGUUUAGUUAGAACAGAUAUUGUAGUUGGGGUAAUCAAGAAAGCCAAGCAUGAGAUUUGUUUCUGCUAAACAGUGACAGUAUUUAUAGCUGUCAGAUGCAACUUGUUAAAGUAGUAUGACAACACUGAGAGUGUACACAGCUGUAGUUGACACAGUGCUGGCCAUUAUAUCAGAAAAAAGGGCAAAACUUGUUUUUAAAAAACAAAAAGCGCUGAAUGAUCUACAAAUAACAUAUAAUACUGCAAAAAACUGAAAUGAAAAAAGGAUAGCACAUUUCACUUUGAUUGCCACACAUCUCAAUAAUUCAGCCUACAAACAAAUACAGGUAAUGAAAAUAAAACAGAGGUGUUUUUUACUAUUUUUCAUCUCAGUUUUGAGGAUGCUGGUGAUAUUUUGAUUUCUCAGGAAUUCGUUAAAAGCCCAUACAUUACUGGCUAGACAUCCUAGUUUAACUGUAACUUUUAUCACAGGUUUUGUAAUACUAUGCUUAAGAGAUAACUUCUACAAAAGCAAUUAGCACUUAUGUCUGUUUUAAUACUUUACUGCCAUAAAUAUGUGAAUGAUUAACAUGACCAGAGAUUAGGAGCACAACUUCCUUUUUAUUGCAUGAAUGUAGUACAUUGCUAGGACUCUGAAAUGCUUUGUGCUACUAGUAAGUAAUCAUUGUGGAAGGAAAUCAGCAAAAUGUCCAUUAUUUUGAAAACUACUUUAAUUUUUGCCACAUAUUAGAUGUGGGUAACAUGAGAACUUUUGCAGACUAAGUGCUUUAAUAGAAUAGGCUUGGCUUUCUCAGCACUUCAGUGGACCUAAUCCAAUGCUAGUAUAUGCUGUACUGUAAUUUAAAGCAGAACCUUUUUAACCUAAAGUGCCUGUUUUGUUUUCCUUGCAGUGUCCUUAACAUGAAUGCCAGUUUACCUGAUAGUGGCCUUAGUUGGGAAAGAGGGAGCAAGCACUCCAUUGCCAGAAUAAAGCACACAUAGCACAGAACUGAUCAUAUUGCUAGGAAAUGUAUAAAUGUCAUCAGCAGAUUUUUGAAGCUUCUAAAGGGAAACAGUAUAUAUAGGGGUGUCAUUUCUCCUGCACCUGAAUUCUUUCAGAAUUCUAUCAAAAAUUGUAUAUUAGAAUGGGGUUAGACUUGCUGGGCUCCUGUCUACAAAGUAGUAUAUGAGUAAAUAAAGUACCUGUUUUUAAUCAGCUUCCCCACCAGGUUUAGCUAACAAAUCAAGAUAUAUGUAAAACUCUGUAUAUGAAGAAAUAAGAAUAAAUGUUGACUCAGUUUUAUAAUAGGGUUUUAUAAUGUGAGUCAGAUGUACCAUUGUGUUCUAGAAAGAUAGCUAUAAAAAGACAUGGCUUUGAGGAAAAAAUGUAUAUGCAAUCAGAGUGAAGGACAUGCUGCAUUGGACAUGUAAUCUCACAUGUACAUUUCCUCCUAUGCUAUUUUUUUUUAAAUCAAAGCAGCUGUGGAAUGGCCCAAAUAGGAUGAGAUGGGCAGAAAAAAACUGCUUACAUGUGCUGUGUUUAAUUUACGUAAUUAUAAUAAAUCAGUGUUGACACACCAUAAACCUUGAAACAGAUUGUGGGUUUUGAGUAAGCAAUGUCACAGACUACAGUUUAUCACCACCCUACACAAGCUAGCCAUCAGCAUGUAUAGAACAGGACACUUACGGUUUCUUUCCUUUCUGCUGUCCUGAUAUAAAUCCCGGUCACAGAGGGUUCUAGGCUAUAGGCCACCUAUCUAGGAGUCUUGGAGUACAUUGUGACAUAUUUUACAGUUGCCACUAUGCAAUGCUUUGAAGAUGUUCUAGUGGUCCCUUAUAGUGCAAAAAACAAAACAAAACUAAAAAUAAGUAUCUUGCUAAGAGGAGUGGCUUAGCCAUCUAAAUACACCCUAAGAAUGUCAAAAUCUACAUUUUAAGUAGAAAUAAUGUUAAAACCUUGUAUUUCAGAUAAUUUUCAAAUUACAGUUGUUUCUUCAUAUCCACGGAUUCAUUACCCAUGGAGUCAACCAUCCUUGACUUGAAAAUAUUCCAAAAAGAUACAAAUUCCAAAAAGCAAGCCUUGAUUUUGCCAUUUUAUAUAAAGGUCACCAUUUCACUAUGCUAUUGUAUUUAAUGGGAGUUGAGUAGCCACAGAUCUUGGCAUCCAUGGGAGUCCUGGAACCAAAGCCCCAGUGAAUACCAAGGGCCCACUGUAUAGGCCUAUUUUGCCAGAUAAAGAUUUUCUCUAUCUUAAAACAAUAUUU